GUUUAACCUUCUUCGACUCUCGUUAAUCUUUAUUUUACGAUCCCACCCACCGAAACCUUCUACAAGUUCCAUCUCGAUCCGAAUCCGACUGCCGUCCUCUCGAUAGUUGCGUCAACAUGGCUCGCUCCGGCAAGAAAUCGCCGGCGCCGCCGCCGGCAUACGCCCCGGCCUAUGCCCCGGCCUAUGCCCCGCCGCCCGCCUACGAAGCCGUGCCGACCUCCGCGGCCGUUUCCAAGAACAAGAACAACAAGAACAAGUCCGCCAAGGUCAAGGACGACUACUCGUCCGAGGGUGUCCAGGACAAUGAUCCGUUCUUGCUUCCCGGGUCCGACUUCACGCUCCUCACUAUCAUCACGAUUUUGUCUGCCAUUGUUCGCCUAUUCCGCAUUUACCAGCCUGACAGUGUCGUGUUUGACGAAGUCCACUUCGGCGGCUUCGCUUCCAAGUACAUCAAGGGCAAGUUCUUCAUGGACGUCCACCCGCCCCUCGCCAAGCUCAUGAUUACCCUCUUCGGCUGGCUCGCUGGGUUCGACGGCAGCUUUGACUUCAAGGAGAUUGGAAAGGACUACAUUGAGCCCGGCGUUCCUUAUGUCGCCAUGCGCAUGUUCCCAGCUAUCUGCGGUAUCCUUUUGGCUCCUACCAUGUUCCUCACACUCAAGGCAGCUGGAUGCCGUAGCACCACUGCCUUCCUGGGGGCUGGUCUUAUCAUCUUCGAGAACGGCCUUCUUACCCAGGCCCGGCUUAUCUUGCUUGACUCGCCCCUGAUGAUUGGAACCGCCCUUACUGCCCUCGGCUUCACUGCAUUCACCAACCAACAAGAGCUGGGACCUGCCAAGGCCUUCACACCAAGCUGGUGGUUCUGGCUGGUCAUCACCGGUCUUGGCUUGGGAAUCACCGCUAGCAUCAAGUGGGUUGGUUUGUUCACCAUUGCGUGGGUUGGUAGCUUGACUUUGAUUCAGCUCUGGGUUGUGCUUGGCGAUUACAAGCAUGUUUCCCCUCGCGCGUUCACCAAGCACUUCAUGGCCCGCGCUUUCUGCCUCAUUGUCAUCCCUCUUACUUUCUACAUGGCCAUGUUCGGAAUCCACUUCUUGUGCCUUACCAACCCUGGCGACGGUGACGGCUUCAUGAGCUCCGAGUUCCAGUCGACUCUGAACUCGAAGGCCAUGCAAGAUGUCCCGGCCGACGUUCUUAUGGGUAGCCGUGUGACCAUCAGGCACGUCAACACCCAGGGAGGCUAUCUUCAUUCGCACCCCUUGAUGUACCCCACUGGCUCAAAGCAGCAGCAGAUUACUCUCUAUCCCCACAAGGAUGACAACAACGUCUGGCUCCUUGAAAACCAGACUCAGCCUCUCGGUAUCGAUGGUCAGCCCAUCAACGGAACUAGCGCGUGGGACAAUCUCCCCGAAACCCCCUAUAUCAAGGAUGGCAUGAUUCUCCGUCUCUAUCAUCUGCCUACCCACCGUCGUCUCCAUUCUCAUGACGUUCGUCCUCCCGUUACUGAGGCUGACUGGCAGAACGAGGUGUCGGCUUAUGGCUAUGAGGGCUUCGAUGGAGAUGCCAACGACUUUUUCCGUGUUGAGAUUGUCAAGAAGGAGUCUAAGAGGGGCGUUUCUCAGGAACGUCUUCGUACCAUUGACACCAAGUUCAAGCUGGUGCACAUCAUGACGGGCUGUGUUCUUUUCUCCCACAAGGUUAAACUUCCUGAUUGGGCCUCGGAGCAACAAGAAGUCACAUGCGCCAAGGGCGGUUCGCUCCCCAACAGUCUUUGGUACAUCGAGUCCAAUGACCAUCCGCAGCUCGGAGCUGACGCCGAAAAGGUCAACUAUCGCAACCCUGGCUUCUUCGGCAAGUUCUGGGAGCUUCAGAAGGUCAUGUGGAAGACAAACGCCGGCCUUGUUGAGUCUCAUGCCUGGGAUUCUCGCCCCGAGGCUUGGCCUAUCCUCCGCCGCGGUAUCAACUUUUGGGGCAGGCAACACCGCCAGGUUUACUUGAUGGGUAACCCCAUCAUCUGGUGGAGCGCUACUGCCGCUGUUGUUAUCUAUGUCCUUUUCAAGGGCAUCGCUAUUCUCCGCUGGCAGCGCAGCUGCAACGAUUACGCUAAUCCCAUCUUCAAGCGAUUCGAUUAUGAGGUUGGAACCUCUGUUCUUGGAUGGGCGCUCCAUUAUUUCCCCUUCUACCUCAUGCAGCGUCAGCUCUUCCUGCAUCAUUACUUCCCGGCCUUGUACUUCGCCAUUAUUGCCUUCUGCCAAGUCUUCGACUUCGUGACAGCCAGGAUCUCUCUCGUCAAGGACAAGGUUAUUUUCAACAGACUCGGCGCCGUUUUGUUCCUUGCCUUGUCGAUGGUCGUCUUCUGGCUGUUCUCUCCUCUGGCCUACGGUAACCCGUGGACCAAGGCUGAAUGCAAGAGGGUCAAGCUUUUCAGCACUUGGGAUUUCGACUGCAAUACCUUCCUGGAUAGCUACGACAAUUACUACGGCAUUACCCCCACCAGCCAGAAGCCUUCCCAGACCCCAGUUCAGGGCACGCCUGCGAGGCCUGCUGUGGCUAACGCGCCUCCUCAGGCUCAGAAGCCUAUUGCGAACCAGGAGCAACAAGCCGCCAAGCAGGAGCCUAGUGCCAACCCGGUGGGCCAGCGCAUCCUCUCUCGGGAGGAGAAGGUUGAGUAUCGCGAUCAGGAUGGCAACCUUCUCAACGCGGAGCAAGUCGAAGCGCUCAAGGGCAAGGUCGAGUUCAAGACCCAGUAUGAGACGAGAACACGCGUCAUCGAUGCAAAUGGCAACGAAAUUCAGCUUGGUGGAAGCGGCACGCCUAAGGUUGUUUCGGCCCCCAAAGCUUCUCAGCCCGUUGCGCCCCCGCAUCCGGAUGUUCAGGGCGUUGAGCAGGAGACUCCCAAUGUUCCUGCUGCCGAGGAGGUCGUUCCCGAAGCCAAGAAGAGCGUCGACGGUGAGAAGGAAGCCGAAGAGAAGAUUGCUAAGCCGGCCAGCGAGAGCAAUGAAGCCACCGCGUCGCAGGACAUCGAGCAGAGCGAGGACGUCAAGGCCGCCCAGGAGAAAAUCCAGACGAUGCUUGAGCGCAUUCAGAAGGUGGCCGGCAAUGUCGAUAACCUGAAGAACAACGUCGCGGAGAAGGCUGGCGACAAGGUCGAGCAGGUCGAGGAGAAGGCCGAGCAGGUUGUAGAGAAGGUGCAGGAGGUCGCUGAACCAGCCAAGGAAAAGGCUGAGGAGAAGGCCGAGCAGGUUGUAGAGAAGGUACAGGAGGUCGCUGAACCAGCCAAGGAAAAGGCUGAGGAGGCUGCCGAGGAGGUCGCCGAGAAGGUUGAGGAGGCGACUAAGCAACCAAAGGAGAAGAUUGAGAGUGUGGUUGACAACGUUAAGGAGAAGGCUGCGGAAAAGGCUGAGCAGGUUCAGGAGACGGUCGCCGAGAAGGCUGAACAGGUUCAGGAGAAGGCUCAAGAAGCUGGAGAGAAGGCCCAAGAGGUGGUCUUGGAGAAGGCCGACCAGGUCGAGAAGAAGGCCGAGGAGGUUGGAGAGAAGGCCCGAGAGAAGACCGAGGCGAAGGACGAGCUCUAGAUCAUUGCGGUGACUACUUGAAGCCAUACGCAUUUCUCAGAUCCCA